CCCUCUUUGGGGAAGAAAAGUGGCUAGUGAUAUUUAUAGGAGCAGCAGGAUUAUAGCUCCAUGAUCUCUCAAUUCUGCUGCUGUGCAGACACAAGAGGGAAAGAUGGUCCCUGAGUCCUGUGAUCUUUAUAUUUAAAACUGAAGAAAUAGAACAUAAGGCAAUGGAAAAGAUAAAGCUGUGCUGGUCAGUGGCUUAAGCAGGAAAUACAUGGAUGAAAGUGCUUUGGAAACUAUGCUCUGUCAUCUCUCAGCCCAUCUUCAUCAUCCACCCAGGCUCAGGCUGCCUGGAAACAGCCCCAUAAGCUGAUGUAUUCUGGUGACCAGGGGCAUUAUUUGCCUUAAAUAUUAAAGAGUUGCAGUUAUGGGGAUGCAAUAAGAAAAUGGACUACAAACUAUCAAAUGCCGAGAGGAAACCAAGAGGGAUGAUCCGAGGCACUGAGCGUCUCCUGCAGAGGCCCUGAGUCAGCAGGGAUGCCAUGGAGGAGCGAGCGACUGGAGGAGGCCUGACAGAGAAAUGGUGCGUCCUCAGGAUUCGUGGUGGUUAAAGCAGCACAGAGGCCGCAGACAUUGGCACACCAUGGAUACCACCGGCCACAGCGUCCUCCUCCUCCAGCAGCUGAACAUGCAGCGGGAGUUUGGCUUUCUGUGUGACUGCACAGUUGCCAUUGGAGAUGUUUACUUCAAAGCCCACAGAGCGGUGCUCGCUGCUUUUUCAAACUAUUUUAAGAUGAUAUUUAUUCAUCAGACGAGCGAGUGCAUAAAAAUUCAGCCUACAGACAUCCAGCCUGACAUAUUUAGUUACUUGUUACACAUCAUGUACACUGGGAAAGGGCCAAAGCAGACUGUCAGCCAGAGCCGACUGGAGGAGGGCAUCCGCUUUCUGCACGCAGACCACCUCUCCCACAUCGCCAUCGAGAUGAACCAGGCCUUCUCCCCAGAGCCUGUCCAGUCCUCCAACCUGUACGGGAUCCAGAUCUCUACAGCACACAAGCUGGCGAAGGAGCGCCUGGGAGCGAAGGAAAGCCUGCCCAAGGCGGGCAGCAGGUCCGCGGCCCAGGGCGAUCACCCCCAGCUGCAGCUGUCCCUGGCCAUCGGCCUGGACGACGGCCCCCUGGAGCAGCAGGUCGCUCGCCCCUCGGCCCAGCCCGCGGCUCUCGCCAAGCCGGCAGAGGAGCGCCCGAAGCUCUCGGUUUCCAUAAAGCAGGAGAGAUGUGACUCGGAGCCCGUGGUGUCCCAGAGCUGCACCCCUCCUUCUCCAGAGGUAGCGAGCCCCGUCUUUGCCAAGGGCAGCCUCAAGGUGCAUUUGUGCCACUACUGCGGGGAGCGCUUCGACUCGCGGGAGGGGCUGCGGCAGCACCUGCACGGCCACGUCUCGGGCUCGCUGCCCUUCGGCGUCCCGGCCUCCAUCCUGGAGAGCAGCGACCUGGGGGAGGUGCAGCCUCUGGCUGAGGACAGGGAGCCUGGGGAUGGCCAUCGCCUCGGGGCCUUCCUCCUCAAGGAGGACGAGCAUCAGCUGGAGCAUCCGAGUUGCAGCGACCUGGAGCCUCUGCAGAUUGGGCAGCUCUCCCUCAUCUCCAAGGACCACGAACCGGUGGAGUUGAACUGUAACUUUUCUUUCUCAAGAAAGAGAAAGAUCAGCUGCACCGUCUGCGGCCGCACGUUUUUCCGGAAGAGCCAGCUGCUGGAGCACAUGUACACGCACAGAGGGAAGCAGCACAAGUACAGCCGCUGCCAGCGGCUGGAGAGCCCCGCCACCCCCAGGUUUCACCCUUACUGUGACAGCGAGAGUGUGGGCAAGAGCUCCAGCUUGUCCCAAGGCCACUUAGAUGAAUGUAUACUGGAGCCAGAUCUCAUCCAAGAAGGCGUUGAUACGAUCCUGGUAGAGUAAUUCUCCCCCUUCAGAUGCUGAAACUGCAUGUUUUGGCACUCUCCACCUAGGGAGUGGCUGUUCUGUGCAGCUGAUGUUCUUGAACCAUCAUUCCCCUCACCACUGAGAUAACUGUGAAGGACUGUGUACUUCGAUUUAUGUACUUGCUUUUUUUACUUCUCUAACUUUUAAACCUGAGCUAAUUCCCAUCUAAGUCCUUCUUGGAAGCCUCUGUGUAUCUCAGUUAUGUUUUUCCUGAAUGUGAACUUGCUCCUACUCUGCUUUACUGGAGUAAAGGCUGUAUUGCUGGGUGUGAGGUUUAAACAUUGUCUAGUACUUUGUGUGGUGCCUAGGACUCUUUGUAUUCCAUAGAAUUGCUCCUCUGAAACCAGAUGGAUGGAAGUGUAGAGGGAAAUACGUAUUGUGUUUCCCAAACAGUUUGUUUUUAAUGAAAAUAAAUAUCUCAAGGAGAUGAAUCCUGAAGUUCAUGUUGUUCAUGUAACUGCAGUUAAUAAAUCUCUGCAUAAAUAUU